GGAGAAUAAAAGAUCCGCCAAGGAGCUGGGAACUGGGUUUGCCAGCAGCAGGCAGCUUUCCCCACUGCACUGGAAAGGUUUGAGGACAGAUCCCUGACCGAUUUAAACCAUUACCAGUAACCAGGAGGACAAACCCGAGAACUGCUUCCAACCUCCGCCCGAGUGAGAUCUUCAGGCCCUGAUGAAAGACAGAGGCUUCCUCUCUGACGCCAUGUCCAGACACACCGUCCACGUGAACAGGAGCCAGAGCUCGUGUACGUCCCCUCGGGUGGAGACCAUCAUCCUGAGUGGGUCCUCAGUCAAUCGCAGCCAAUCAAAAGCCUCCUACCCAGACCCAGAGCGUAUUUCUAGAGGAUCCCAAUGCCCUCCUGUGAGGUGGGUUUGUCGGGAGAUCUCCCCUCCGUACCCCAGCUGCCCGUUACAGGACAAGCCUGAACCAGGGCAGGGAAGAUCCCAAACCUUCAUGGUGAACUCCGUCACCAACCAGAAACCUCCAAUCCAUGAUGGAUGUCGGCGGAUCACGGCAACUCGAGUAAAACCACACCCUGAUCCCCAGGAGGUGCCAAAACCCUCCCAGCAGGCCCGGAGCAGCUCUGAAACAUCAAAAUCAAACUGUGCUGGAAAUGAUCCAUUAUCACCAACCUUAGACGCAACCAUUGAAAAUCUUAACAACCUGAUUUUAGAGCUGGAUCCCACCUUUCAGCCAAUCAGCACCCGUGACCAAGGAAAUGGCUUCGUGAGUGGCAACAGCAGGUUUCUGGACAGGGCCAAUGAGGAGGCUCCAUUGGAUGGACAUCAUCCAGGAAUUCUGAUUUAUGAUGAAUGGGAUUCGGGAAGAAUAAGCAACUCUCUGCACAGCAGCACAUCAAUCAAUGACGAUCACCAAUCCAAUUCACUGGGGAUUCAAACCACUGGCACUUCGACCAAUCCGCAAAACCGUCGGCUGCCCAACUCUUUUGGAUACAACAGGUUUGAUGGUGGACAGCUGCGGUCCGCCCCCUGCUCUCUGCCUGCUCCCCCAGCUUUCUCUGGUUCUACUGGGUCACCACACUGUAACUCCUCUCUUGGUUUCCAAAGUGUGAACACCUUUCCCGGUCAGACUGGACAGUCAUCACAGGGGACUACAGUGAGUUCAAAGCAGCGACAGGGGAUAGUGUGUUCUGCUCCAGUCUCCAUCUCCCCACAGCAGGGCUCUUGCCCUAUCCCUGUGCCAGCUUCCAGCAACUACACCCCUGCCAGUGCGAGCUCCUUGCCAAGUGCACACGAACAAUACGCUGCCUCACCGUUACACACCAGCACCCGCAGAGCAGCUGCAGCAACUCCCUAUCUGUCAACCUCAGCAGGUUCGGAACAUACGCUCCAGACUGACCAUACCAGUCACACUGACAGUGCCAUCUCCUUGCUGUCAGCCUCUCCAGCCUGGGACACACUGGGAAGCUCCCAGUCUCUGCUGAGUGAUGAUGGAGGAGCUGGACGGAUUUUUAGAUCUACUGGAAGCACGUAUGGAUCAAGUGGAUCCUUUGUGAACCUGACUAGCCCUUACACAGCUUCACCCUCCUCAUACAAGAGCUCUCUUAGUGACCAACAUCUUCACCAGGCUCCUGGGCACCCAGCGGACUAUCGGACUGUGCCACGCUCCCGGGGGAAAGGAGACCAUACUGGUCAACAAGCAGCCUCUGGCAGCACCCUGGAUAGACCAGUCAUGGCCCACGUUAAAGAUCACUCCAAUAGCUGCCCACCAUCUGCUGCCAGUUCAUGGACAGAUAUCCCCAUCCUACUGGUGAACGGGAGCACACAAUACUUGGAGCGAGACAUUCACAAAUUGAAAAAUGAGAGGCGUCAAUCCAGCUCUUCAAGUACUCCCAGCCUUCCCCUCAAUUCUUGUUCCAACCUUCCAUUUGCAAAGGCUUCGAGCACCCCAUCCCUCAAAGAUCUCCAGUGUGAGACACAGCCUACAGUUAAAUUUGUACAAGAUACAUCCAAAUAUUGGUACAAACCAAACAUCAGCCGAUAUCAAGCUGUGGAGAUGUUGAAAGACAAGGAGCCGGGUGCCUUUGUUAUUCGAGAAAGCUCCACGUACGUUGGUUCAUUCGGAUUGGCCAUAAAAGUCUCUUCAGGAGAUCUCAGAAACUCUGAGGCUAAGCCAGAUCUUCCUGCUGAUUUGAUCCGACAUUUUCUGAUUGAAUUCUCCCGAAAAGGAGUGUGUUUGAAAGGAUGUCCCCAGGAGCCAUAUUUUGGGAGUCUGUCAGCUCUUGUCUAUCAGCACUGCAUCACCACCAUGAGCUUACCUUGUAAACUACGUCUACCAGACAAAGACUAUUUGAAUGAUAAGAGUGAAGGAAGUAGUCCGGACUCAACCGACAGCUCCACCUCAUCUCCGAGAAAGCAGAGUGCAGCAUGCUGUGUUCUGUAUUUGAGCUCCGUAACCAUGGAGUCUCUGACAGGGCCACAGGCUGUUCUCAAGGCAGCCUCUGCAACCCUAGAACAGGAGCCACGGCCUCAGCCCACGGUCGUCCAGUUCAAAGUGACCGAUCAAGGCAUCACCCUGACCGACAGCAAGAGGAAACUUUUUUUCAGACGACAUUAUCCUGCCAACUCUGUCAAUCACUGUGGUUUGGAUCCACUGCAGAGGAAGUGGCGUAAGGAUAAUGAACCUUCCAGGCUUUUUGCGUUUGUGGCGAAGAAACCAGGAAAUUCCUUGGAAAAUGUCUGUCACCUGUUUGCAGAGUUUGAGCAGGAGCAUUCUGCUCACUUCAUUAUCAACCUUGUGUCUAAACUUGUCCUGGAACCGAACAGGAUGUGAUCAAACCAGGAAACUGGGGAAGAGUUCCAAAGCUCUAGCCUAUGGCCCUCCACAGUGUGUGCUGGGACCCUGCUCAUUGUGCUCAAUGUCCAGGAGGCUGACGCACUGCAGUCAAACAGUGACACUAACAAAAUGAGACCCCGAUCCCACUGGCAGUGUCUGAGGAGCUAAUGGAGCCCUAUCACAACGCUAGCUGGCAUAACUCGUUUCACAGCUUUAGCCAAACACUGAGGGGGCCAUUGAGGGACUUGUUAGUAAGUGCCUCACACCCAGUUAUAAACAGGAGGCUGUACUGGAAUGAUAUCCCAUUGCUGUCUGCCAGUGCAUGGAAUGUGUACAGCUUUUUACAAAGUCACAUUUAUAUGGAAUCACAUUCAAACUGCACCAUCUGUUUCCUGUCUUGUCUAUGAAAACUGUCCCACAUCUGACAGCAUUAUCACAUCGAUGUAAAGUUAGUAAUAUCGAUUACUGAUCAUCUCUCCAGCUCACCAAUUAUCCAUUGACCUGCUGUGUUGAUUAAUUACCCAAACCCUCCUUCCAAUCCUCUGGCUUCAAUCUCUCUCUGUUACUAAACCACCCACCUCAUUCAGAGAAUUCAUUCUUUAUUUAUUUCUCCUCUUCCUUCACUCCCUCUGACAACAGACCCGAAAACCUGGGUUUGGUCUUCCGUUUCAGUUCUUGGGACGUGGAUGUGACUAGGCCCAGUAUUUAUUGCCCGUCCCUAGUUGCCCCUUGAGAAGGUGGGGUAAGCUGUCGCCUUGAACUGCU